CUAGCUAUGAGCUAGCCUAUGGAGUAUUUCUAUGAGUCUACAAAAAAUACAUUUUUAGUCGUUUGAACGAGCUUUGAAAAAUAAACGGGUACAGUACAGUUUCAGCUUGCCUUAAAACCAAGAAAUUUCUUUGUAAUUUCGUCCUUCGUAGAGUUCAUUUACCAUGUGAGCAAUAUAUAUUCAUUGACAACAGGCUUUUUUUUAGCGAUUUGUGCAACCAAAUUUAAGUGGGAAUAUAAAAUGGAAUGAAUUGUCGAAAAUACGUUUCCUUUACGGUCUAUAUAAAAAAUGAUGUAUUUAUAGGUAAAAUAUAACUUAGGAAAUUUAUUUGAAUAGUUACGCACGUGUGGCGUUGGCUCCUCGUUCAAACGACGUUGCACGAGGUUUUCGUUCGAUUAGACGGCUUCUAUGCCUGCGUGUAAACGAUGAUUCUGGCAUUUGUCGAGGAGCGCAAUGCUGUCGUUGAUCAUUUGAUUGAUGUGUCUAUUAAGCUAUGGUGAUAUGGUAUGAUGGAGCCGUGCAGACCAGCAGUGGUGGCUGACACCAAAGUUAAGAUAGCUGAUGAUGCUGUUGGUGAACCUGCCCACAAAAGAGCUAGAUAUUCCAUAAAGAUGGACGCAGAUGUACUCGUACAAGAAGCCGUUGAGAAUGGCAUGCUCACACGUCGACCUGGAGAAAGGGAGGAGUUUAAAUGUGAGCUAUGCCUGUGCUAUCUGACGGGAUUUGUACCUGCUGUGGACCAUCUCAGGGGCUCCAGUCACGAAAAGAUUUUCUUGCAGCAACACAGCGGAACUGUAGCGGUGAUCCCAGGGACACAGGAGACUGCCUCUGGAGAAGAUUUAGCUGUGGAUUUGAAAAAUUUGGUUGAAGCCGGAGUUCUUGUGCACAAGAUUGAGCAUGGAAUUACAAGUAUAUUCUGCAAUGCCUGUCAGGCUCACAUGAAUGGCAGUCUGCCUGCCAUCGGCCACAUUCAGGGUGCCCAGCAUUCGAAAAGAAUGCGCAGUUGGACGUCAACGGCCGGCUCUGCAAGUGCUGCUGCUCUCAACUCCAGCUUGCCCAAGGAAUCUGUUCAUGUCAACGUUUCAUCAAACUCGUGUAAACUUGAAGACGAAGUUUCGAAGGGUGUGAUGCUCAAAAUAACAAUGGGCAGUGUGAUCCACUACAAAUGUAGCGUUUGUAACACCACCAUGACUGGCGAGCCUCCUGCCCUCACCCACAUCGCUGGAGAACGCCAUCGGAAAGCUCUCAUCAGAGCUGCAACUUCUCUCAACUGCUCAUCAGUAUCGUCGCCGGGAACUUCACGUACGUCGAGUUCCCUCACGCAGGCCUUCAAGUCUGAACGUUCAAGUGACGUUCAUGAUUCUGCUGCUGCGGCUAAUAAGACCGAUGAGGAGAUUAUGAAUGAGGCUCUUGAUAGUGGCGUUCUGCGGCGGACACACGCACACUUCUUCAAAAUUGAAGAGUAUGAGUGCACUGUCUGCAGGAAAACCAUGACCGGCUGCACGCCUGCCGUGGCGCAUUUGAAGGGUAUUUCCCAUGUCAAGGCGCUGCGUCAACGGUCCGGAUCUUCUUCUCCAUUUUCAUCCAGUACGAACUCAUCCUGCUCUGAUCUUGUAGCUGCCUCAGGCGACCAGGACUGCAAGAGGAUUGAAGCAGCGGUCGCUGCAGGAAUGGUCAACCGUGCCGCUAAGAGAUGCAUAGUGUGUGACCUGGUGCAUGAAAGCUACUCGGAUCUAGAAAGGCACCUCGGGAGCGAAUAUCAUCGAAAAAAUGAAAAGCGUUGGGCUGCCAAAAAGGAACCGGUUGAUACGUUGCUGAAGACUCGUUCGGACAUCCUCUCGGCGCUGCCCGUGUUGGACGGUCAACUUAAUCUGGCGGCAUUUGUUGAACGCGGCGAAGUCCUGGUGCUGGAACGUAACGGCAGCGAGGACUACAAGUGUGUUCGCUGCGACGUCAUCCUCAAUGCUGUGGACUCUCUGCGUGCUCAUCUGCUCGGCAGUAAACAUCGGAAGGGCAGCAGGCCUACAGCAGGAGAGGGCCAACUGCCUGUUCCGUCUUCUCCUCGUUCUGCUGUUCUUUCUCACGACACAGCUGACGGCGACAGCUCCUCCUCAGACGACAGCUCGGACGUCGAAACUCCAAUUUUCAUAGCAGCUGACCAAAGCUUAGACCAAAACGUGGAAUUUAUGAAUCAUGUCGCAAAAAUGAGACGUCGGCAUGCCCGGCGCAAAGUUAGAAACAUGAUAUGAUAGAAUUAGUUGGCGAACAUUUAUCAGGGUUACGAGUUUUUUGGGUAGGUAUAUUUUGCUUGAACACUCUUACUUUUUUGUUGAACAAAUAUGAUAUUGUUAUUCAAUAAUGUAGGUCCUAGAUUCAACUUUCUGCUAGUAGAGGAUUUUUGAUGAUUAUAUAACAAAGGAAAAUUUACAUUAAAAGUCAGGUAUUCAUUUGCGUUUAGUCACAUGUUUGCUGGUGAAUACCAAAGUUAUUUGCUGCUAGAGAUAAGGUAAUAGAUAAGUGAUAUUCAGGUAAAAAUGGGCGCUAAUUGUGUUAGGAUAACGGAAAGGCAGUGAUCGUUUAUGAUAGAAAACUAGAAAUUCAAAGAAUGCUCUAACCAGUCAUGUGCGGUCAGGGUUACUUAUCUUUAUCUGCUUCUCAUAGUUAUUUACCAGGUUGCAAGAUGGCUUCAACUUGUAAUUAAAAAAUAGUU